CAGAAACAAAAACACACAGCAAUGGAUUACGCAAAUCUGGUGGCCCACGAGUCGGCGGCGGGUGGCAUCGGCAGCAAGCUGUCCUCGCUGGAGCCCGUGUCCCGCACCUACCAGUACCGGAAGGUGAUGAAGCCGAUGUUGGAGCGGAAACGGCGGGCCCGCAUCAACCGGUGCCUGGACGAGCUGAAGGAGCUGAUGGUGUCGGCGCUCCAGUCGGAGGGCGAGAACGUGGCCAAGCUGGAAAAGGCCGACAUCCUGGAGCUGACGGUGCGCCACCUGCACAAGUUGCGCCGCCAGCAGCGGCUUGCCGCAAACCCCGUCAUCGACGCGGACCGCUUCCGGGCCGGAUUCACACACGCCGCCAACGAGGUGUCCCGCUGUCUGGCCUCAACGCCCGGCGUUGACAUCAAACUCGGAACGAAGCUGAUGACGCACCUUGGCCACCGACUGAACGAUCUCGACAAGGUGUCCCCCCUUACGGUCCACAUUGGCGGGACCGGAGCUGACUCGUCGGACUCUGUGGGUGCCGGUGGCGAUGGCCAUCAGAACGCCUCCGCCCCAUCGUCGUCGUCUUCGUCGAGCUCACCUCCGUGUUCACCGUGCUAUUCGACCGGCCGUUCGUCACCGAUGGUCGGCUACCCGAUGCCGCUGACCCCACAGUCGUACCGCAGCGAGGAGUCCACCACGCUUCUGAUGGCCCCGUCGGCGAGUCCUUCGCCGAACCCGAGCGAAUGCGAGGACCAUCCGAUGUCGGCCUCGGUUGCCGCGUCCGAGGCUGAGGGACUGCUCAAGCUCCAACAGUCCGCCGUCGAAUCCGUCUGGCGGCCGUGGUAGGCAGGCUCCAUCGCCCUCCGCCCGGGAACAAAAGGACACCAAAUUCUUUCAAAUCCAAUAGAUCUCAUUUUACGAAAGAGAGAAAGACAGAGGGAGAGGCGCAGGAUUUUCUGGAGAAACAGAACAAGAGAGCAACAGAGACAGGAAGGGACAGGAAGGGAGAGAAGGUUUGCAGCUUUAAUAGUGUUAAUGUUUCGUGUUAGUCCUUAAGUGCACCGCCGCCGCCGACGCCGACGUUAACGUUUUUACGCCCAGUGACUCCAGUUGGUCUAGGAGGUCGGAGUACAAGAAUUCGGGCGGCCGGGCAGUGUUGAGACUGUUUUGUUUUGAAGGACCAAGGAACGAAGAGAGGAGGAUCAUUGUGAUAUACUAAGUAGUUACAGUAAGGCGAGAAGAGUUGUUAAGAAAUCUGCAUUUAGAAACGGGAAACGUAGGUUUUCAGAAGCAGAAGCGGCUGGAGAAGCCCAAAUAUUCAGUUCAAAGCCAGUUCGGCAAGCCAGUGGCGUUGUAGGUGAAGUUGUUAGCAAAAGAGGAGGUGCCACUCCUUGUGAUUUCAUAUUGUUCAAUACACAACAGACACACGAAUCAAAA